AGCGGCGGGGGGAGUCAUUACAGCAAGCGCAGCGGGACGGUGAGAUGCUGAGCCCCGAGCGCCACACAAAACAAGACACGGCGAGUCACACGAGUACAGGUUUGUCUUUUUAAAAUAUCAGGGACUUUAAUAAUACCUCGGACUUUUUAGACAGGAUUCGGAGUCGAAGGAUUGGGAGAAACUACUUCUGAAGAAACUCGUUUUUGAAUUCUGGAUGUGAAAAAGAAGGGACGAUACAAACGCAUAAAGUGACGGAAUCAGAAUAAAUGCAUUUUGGAUCGUUAAAAGUUAAAAGGAGUUAAAAUCAAUGCGUUUGAAGUCCAAGGAGGUAUCCUGAAUGAUAGAACAAAGGAAAAGAUGUGAGAUUUUACGUUAAACGGUUGUUUGAGAAGCGCGAGCACGUUGCUUUCAUCUCUGUGGAAAGAAAUAUUUUCCCGCGGUUUGAUUUACAUAGCUUCAUAAUGUCCCAUUUGGGAUUACUGCAUUUGCUUCAACUUCAGAGUAAACAAAGGAACAUGUGUAACCUGACUCUCUGUGUUUUACUCUUCCUGACGUGUUCCUGCUCGUCCUUAUCUUCAUGUCCUGCCCAGUGUUUGUGUGAAACCACGGUGGUGAACUGUGUUAGCCAAAACUUCAGAUCCAUCCCACAGCCCCUUCCAGAAAACAUCACCGAGCUUAACAUCAGCGGUAAUGAUAUAAGCAAUCUGAACAAUGAAUCCUUCCCCAGGCCGCUGGAACAUUUAACACACCUUUAUGUGUCUGGAAGCCAAGUGGAGGAAUUAGACUCCAUGGUGUUUAAAAACUUGCCAAGUCUGCGUUUGCUUGACCUCAGCAACAACAGGAUUUCACAGUUCAGCGUUGAGGCUUUACCUCGAGACAACAAGAUUGAGGCUCUAAACCUCAGCAAAUCCUUAUACAAUUACUCCUACGUCGGUGUGUUCGCAGAUCUGUUCAAACACAGCCUGCCGAAGGUUUCUCAUCUUGAUUUGUCCAGUAAUGACCUGGUGCUCCUUCCAGAAGGCAUGUUCACGGGUUUGUCGGACCUCACUGUUUUGGAUUUGAGGAACAACUCCCUCGUUACAAUCAGGAAUGACACGUUAUGCAAUCAGGCACUUAAAGAGUUGGACUUACGAGACAACGCGUUGAAAGUCCUGCCCAACGUGACCCUGGAGAAGUUCAGUUCGAUCCCUGAUUUGCGAGUCAGACUCGCGGGAAACCCCUGGCGCUGUGAUUGCAAUAUUGAGGACAUGUUGGUUUGGUUGGAGAGACAUCAGUUUGUGGUAGACAGAUUAAACCUAACCUGCACUGGCCCGGCAGAACUAAAAAAUUUCCCACUUUUACACCUGGAACAGUCGCAGCUGUCGUGCUGGAGCAACGCUGGGGAUGCGAUGGACCGUGCGCUGGAGCCCUCCUAUGUGUUCUUGGGGAUGGUUCUUGCCCUCAUUGGGGUCAUCUUCCUUCUGGUCCUUUACCUUAACAGGAAAGGGAUCAAGAGGUGGAUGUACAAUAUCCGUGACGCAUGCAGAGAUCAUAUGGAGGGAUACCAUUACAGAUACGAGAUCAACUCUGACCCGCGGCUAGCCAACCUCAGCCUCAACUCCGAUGUGUGAUGAGACACAUUUGGAGAACUGGCUUGCACGACUGGCACACAAUGAUCAGACUCUAGCUUUGCAUGAAUACAUAUAUAACUGUAGAGGUUUGCAGUGACAUGCAUUCUUUUCCCUCGGAUAGGAAGUUAACUGGAUUUUGCAAGCAUCAACCCUGUUACGUCUUUCAUAUAUGCUGGUGUGUUGCUAUAAUGUUGUCCAGUGACGCAUGAAUCAAGAACAUUAAGUGCAUACGUUUAGAAUUCAUAUUUUCUUUUUUAUAAAAGCACAAUGGAUGGGGCUGUGGAGGGAGUCUGUUUUUUUUUCUGAUGAAAUCUGAAAUUACAGAGUAACCUGAUGUCAGAACAAAUGGUAAUGUUAUUUUUUUAUAGCUUAGUUCAGUGCUUCCCAAACCUGUCCUGGAGGACCCCUGCCCUGCACAUGUUGUAUGUCUCCUUAAUCAGACACACCAAGUUUAGUUCUUGGAGUCUGUACUAAUGAGCUGAUGAGUGGAAUCAGGUGUGUUAGAUAAGGGAGACAUACAAAAGAUGCAGGGGUCCUCCAGGACAGGUUUGGAAGCACUGGCUUAGUUAAUUUCUUCUGCAAAAAAAAAAAAAAAAAAAAAAAACUAUUCAAACUGCCAUGCAUGUACUUAUGUAUUUUUUGUAUCAAUGUAAAAUGAUGGCAAUAUCCACUUUUUAUGAUGAGUUAUUGGUUUUUAUAUUUACAUUUGUUGGCUGGACAUAGAUCAACUCUUUUCUCGGGGAUGCCCUGUUGAAUUAAAGGUCUUGCACUGA